GUGCGCCAUCAGCCCCUCCCCCAGCUCUCGCUCGCCCUCCCGAGUCCUCCCUCGGCCCGGUCCCCGCCUCUAGCUCCCCCUUGCCCUCCAAGGUCCUUCUCGGCCCCGCCUCCUGCCGCGCCCCCAACGCUGCUCCGUCGGCCCCCGCCUCCGGUCCCGCCCUCAUGCUCCUCCCAUUUGGUCCUGUCUUCUGCACUGGCAGAGGUCGCGGCCGGCCUCGGAGAGGAGACGCCGACGUCAGCGCGCCGGGGCGGGGCUGGCGGCAGGAGACGCCGCGUUGAGAGCUUGGGCUGCUCCGUGAGCCGCGGGCGCGUUGCGCUGCCUGGCGGCCUUUGCCCGAGCCGAGCCCGCUUCCCGAGGCCGCCAGUCGUCGCCUGCCCGCGCCUGCGCAGCGUCCCGGGCCGAGAGGGCCACGGCGGCGGCCAUGGCGCACCGCUGUUUGCGGCUGUGGGGCCGGGGCGGCUGCUGGCCCCGCGGCCUACAGCAGCUCCUCGUGCCUGGCGGCGUGGGCCCGGGCGAGCAGCCUUGCCUCCGGACGCUUUACCAAUUUGUUACAACUCAAGCAAGGGCCAGCAGAAAUUCUCUUUUGACAGAUGUAAUUGCUGCUUAUCAAAGAUUCUGUUCUCGACCCCCAAAAGGAUUUGAAAAAUACUUUCCUAAUGGAAAAAAUGGAAAAAAAGCUAGUGAACCUAAAGAAGUUAUGGGAGAGAAAAAAGAAUCAAAGCCAGCUGCUACCACACGCUCUUCUGGAGGAGGAGGUGGUGGCGGUGGAAAACGAGGUGGCAAGAAAGAUGAUUCUCACUGGUGGUCCAGGUUUCAGAAGGGUGACAUUCCGUGGGACGACAAGGAUUUCAGGAUGUUCUUCCUCUGGACUGCUCUGUUCUGGGGUGGAGUCAUGUUUUACUUGCUGCUCAAGAGAUCCGGGAGAGAAAUCACUUGGAAGGACUUUGUCAAUAACUAUCUUUCAAAAGGAGUAGUAGACAGAUUGGAAGUCGUCAACAAGCGUUUUGUUCGAGUGACCUUUACACCAGGAAAAACUCCUGUUGAUGGGCAAUACGUUUGGUUUAAUAUUGGCAGUGUGGACACCUUUGAACGGAAUCUGGAAACUUUACAGCAGGAAUUGGGCAUAGAAGGAGAAAAUCGGGUGCCUGUUGUCUACAUUGCUGAAAGUGAUGGCUCUUUUCUGCUGAGCAUGCUGCCUACGGUGCUCAUCAUCGCCUUCUUGCUCUACACCAUCAGAAGAGGGCCUGCUGGCAUUGGCCGGACAGGCCGAGGGAUGGGCGGACUCUUCAGUGUCGGAGAAACCACUGCCAAGGUCUUAAAGGAUGAAAUUGAUGUGAAGUUCAAAGAUGUGGCUGGCUGUGAGGAGGCCAAGCUAGAGAUCAUGGAAUUUGUGAAUUUCUUGAAAAACCCAAAGCAGUAUCAAGACCUAGGAGCAAAAAUCCCAAAGGGUGCCAUUCUCACUGGUCCUCCAGGCACUGGGAAGACGCUGCUAGCUAAGGCCACAGCCGGAGAAGCCAAUGUCCCCUUCAUCACCGUUAGUGGAUCUGAGUUUUUGGAGAUGUUCGUUGGUGUGGGCCCUGCUAGAGUCCGAGACUUAUUUGCCCUUGCUCGGAAGAAUGCCCCUUGCAUCCUCUUCAUCGAUGAAAUCGAUGCGGUGGGAAGGAAGAGAGGAAGAGGCAACUUUGGAGGGCAGAGUGAGCAGGAGAACACACUCAACCAGCUGCUGGUGGAGAUGGAUGGUUUUAAUACAACAACAAAUGUCGUCAUUUUGGCCGGCACCAAUCGACCAGAUAUCCUGGACCCCGCGCUGCUUAGGCCGGGGCGUUUCGACAGGCAGAUCUUUAUUGGACCACCAGACAUAAAAGGAAGAGCUUCUAUUUUCAAAGUUCAUCUCCGACCGCUAAAACUGGACAGUACCCUGGAGAAGGAUAAAUUGGCAAGAAAACUGGCAUCUUUAACUCCAGGGUUUUCAGGUGCUGAUGUUGCUAAUGUCUGUAAUGAAGCUGCGUUGAUUGCUGCAAGGCAUCUGUCAGAUUCCAUAAAUCAGAAACACUUUGAACAGGCAAUUGAGCGAGUGAUUGGUGGCUUAGAGAAGAAAACGCAGGUUCUGCAGCCUGAGGAGAAGAAGACUGUGGCAUACCACGAAGCAGGCCAUGCGGUUGCCGGCUGGUAUCUGGAGCACGCAGACCCGCUUUUAAAGGUAUCCAUCAUCCCACGUGGCAAAGGACUAGGUUAUGCUCAGUAUUUACCAAAAGAACAAUACCUCUAUACCAAAGAACAGCUCUUGGAUAGGAUGUGUAUGACUUUAGGUGGUCGAGUCUCUGAAGAAAUCUUCUUUGGAAGAAUUACAACUGGUGCUCAAGAUGACUUGAGAAAAGUAACUCAGAGUGCAUAUGCCCAAAUUGUUCAGUUUGGCAUGAAUGAAAAGGUUGGGCAAAUCUCCUUUGACCUCCCACGUCAGGGGGACAUGGUAUUGGAGAAACCUUACAGUGAAGCCACUGCAAGAUUGAUAGAUGAUGAAGUACGAAUACUUAUUAAUGAUGCUUAUAAAAGAACAGUAGCUCUUCUCACAGAAAAGAAAGCUGACGUGGAGAAGGUUGCUCUUCUGUUGUUAGAAAAAGAAGUAUUAGAUAAGAAUGAUAUGGUUGAACUUUUGGGCCCCAGACCAUUUGCGGAAAAAUCUACCUAUGAAGAAUUUGUGGAAGGCACUGGCAGCUUGGAUGAGGACACCUCACUUCCAGAAGGCCUUAAGGACUGGAACAAGGAGCGGGAAAAGGAGAAAGAGGAGCCCCCGGGUGAGAAAGUUGCCAACUAGAGGCCCAGAGGGAGGCCAUCUCAGUCUGUCCACUGUGGUUUCAGCUGGUGCAUUAUUUCAGCUGUGGCUUUCAGAAGAAUGGGAACGCUGCGCUGAUUUUAGCCAGCCACUGGCCCAGCUGAAAUGAUGGGGAAAGGAGUCCUUAGUCCUUUCAGCCUCAGAGGUCACAGUGGGUGGCAGGUGACUUUCCGGAGGCCUUGAAGGAAAUGCACACUGUCCCAUAGCCUCACUGGGCUCCCAGACGUGCUGGAAAGGUUGAGCCCAGAGUGGCCGAGGCUGGACCCUGUGGCACCAAGUGGGGUCGGCUGACCGUGUGGCAGGGAUCGUUGCACUGGACUCUUGGCGUGUGGGAAGGGAUGCUUUCUCUUUGUCGCCCACUCUUCAUUCCUGUUUCUCCUCAGUUCCCCUGUGCAGAUGGGCUGUGAAAUUAAAUUGGAGUCCUGAUAAGAACAUUUUAAUUUGACUUAAUAUUUUAAAGAUUGAAUCCAGAUCACUUGUUGCUGUCUUAAUGGAAUGGUUUUCUACAGGAGCUGUAACAUACUUAAAAAUAUGAAUGUAUUAUGUAAAUAUGGCUUCUUUACAUAAAAAAUAAAAUGUCAACACUGUACUUUUCUGAACACACAAA